UGAACAGAUACACUCAAUACCCCAUUACAACAAUUUCCAACGUUGAUCUGCAGCUGCCCACACUGGGCGGAUCACAGUAUUUGCCAUCAAAGCAAAUCUUUGUACCUGAAUCUCUGGCCCAGCAACUUUUCUGCGCGGCCAUUUCUCACCGUAUCCGCUUUUGAGUAACCACAAGGGCCAUGCCCAAAACAUGGGAUGUCAUCGUCAUCGGCUCCGGGAUCGGCGGGAUGACGGCGGCUACGCUUCUGGCAAAAGUUGGGGGAAUGAAGGUGUUGGUGCUCGAGAAACAUUCUGAACGCGGAGGUUUGACGCACGUCUUUCGGCGUGACGGUGCCAGUUGGGAUGUCGGAGUUCACUAUAUUGGCGGCAUGCAGCCUGGCUCACCGAUUCGAAGCCUGUUUGACUACAUGUCUGGCAAAGCUCUCGACUGGAACCCCAUGCCCGACGAUUUCGAACGGUUCCUGUACCCAGGCCUGGACUUUGCCGAGCCGUCGGACAAGCAUCGAUACGAGGAGCGACUGAUCCAACGCUUUCCGGACGAAGCCGCUGCCAUUCGCCGUUAUUUUGUCGACGUCAAUGAGGCGGCCACUUGGCAUGUACGUGGAACCAUGCAAUCCAUGCUGCCCUGGCCCCUCAGCUUUCUGUUGGAGCAGUGGCGGCGGUUGAGUUCGCACAAGGCCUUACAGACUACCGGCGACUAUCUCAAUCAGCAUUUCAAGUCGACGGAGCUCAAGGCUUUGCUGGCCACCCAGUGGGGCGACUACGGCGUGCCCCCAAGUGAAAGUGCUUUUGCACUGCACGCGCUGGUCGUCAGGAGCUACUUGCAGGGUGCUUGGUUUCCCCGAGACGGAUCUAGCCGUAUCGCGCGAACAUUUGAGGUGGGAAUCGAAGCAAAUGGUGGCGCCGUCAAAGUGUGCCGCAACGUCACGGCGAUCCUCACCGAAGACACGCACGUCGUGGGCGUCAAGGCCAUUGACAGCAGUGGCGCUGAGCCCACUGAAGUUCUCUACCUGGCGCCCAUCGUCAUUUCUGACGUCGGGGCGGCAGUGACCUAUAACCAGCUCCUGCCCACGGACGGCAUGAUUGGCAAACAGACCGCAACCAUCCGCAAGCACUUGGACCAGCUGGAGGGCGGAAUUUCUGCAGUAACUCUCUACAUUCGACUUGCCCGCCCCGUCACAGAUCUCGGCGUCAAGGGCGAGAACUACUGGAUCAACACGACGUUCGAUCACGACAAUCUCGACGCCCAUACAGCGGCAACUCUGGCAGGGAAGCCUCAGCAUGCGUACAUGUCCUUCCCCUCCGCAAAGUCUGGUGACGAUCGUUUCCACACCGCCGAAAUCAUCGCCCUCGUUAAGGCGGACGCUUUUUCUUCCUGGCGUGAGACGAGCCACGGCGCGCGGGGAAAGGAGUACAUCGAGCUCAAGAACCGGAUCUCACAGGGCCUUUUAGAUCUGGCAGAGAGUGCGACUCCGGGGCUCAAGGAAAUGGUGAGCUACUCCGAGUUGUCGACCCCCCUUUCGGUGGAGGACUACACCUCCCACUUAUCAGGCGCCAUCUACGGGUUUAAAGGGACACCGCAGAUCUACUCUUCGUCGGUGCUGUCCAAGCCAUCACCCAUCGCCGGCCUGCACCUCAGUGGGACGGAUGCAUCGAGUUUGGGUGUGGCCGGGGCGCUGAUGGGUGGUGUGAUAGCGGCCAGUCAAGUGUUGGGUCGCUUCGGUUUUCUACGCAUCAUGUUGGCGUCCCGCCACGUCACUCCGGCGGAUAAACUCCCGUUGAAGACGGCGCCACGCUCGUCAGAGAAGAAGCGUGCCGUCCUUAUCAGCAAAACCGAGCUGACUCCGUUCAUCUGGCGUCUCGAAUUUGAACUUGACGAGCCCAUCUCUUCAGCACCUGGCCAAUACGUUCUGCUGCGGGUGGCGCCCUUUGAGUGGCGGAGCUAUUCCAUCGCGCAGGCCCAGAACAAACGCUUAACAUUGCUGGUCAGCACCCGCACCGGUGGUGAUGGCUCCAUCUUCACCAGUCGUGUCCAGCCCGGCGAGGAAACCGAAGUCGAGUUGCCGUUUGGCGCUUUUCAGCUGCAACGCAACUCCCACCGUCGGAUCUUCGUUGCCACUGGCACAGGCAUCGCCCCAUUCCUCCCAAUGUUUGUAGCGUUGGCGGCUUCUGGCGAACUCGAGACGGCCGAGCUGCUCUUCGGCUGCUACCACGGGGAAGAUGACAUUACGCGCCACUUCAAGCCCCUCCCACGAACUACAGUCUGUGUUGACGGCGAUCCAUCUGCUGAGGGUGUAUUUCAUGGCCGGGUGACAGAUAUACUCGCCGACCUCAAAUUCGAUCCCUCCACGACCGACUUUUACCUCUGUGGUAUCCCGGCGAUGAUGGACGGAUGUCAGACGAUCCUCGCUCACGCUGGCGCGACGCAGGUGCUGACGGAGCCGUUUUGAAGGGAAGUUGCUUCCAUCGCCUUCGGCGUGCAAUGAGAAUGUUGACAUGGCUGUAUCAACAUGAAGAGGGGUGUGUGGUUUGGUCCCGUCGUUAGCGAGCUGUUAAGAAGGCGGUGCCCGAGAUUAUAGGGGGAAUUGUGCUUCUAAUGCCAAAGUGGAGGUCCAUCAGGCGUCGAUGUAAUCAAAUAAUAUUGUAUAGUAGGUCUGAAUUCAUGGUCCAAUCAAUAAGCAGAGUGUUUAAUAAAGGAUUACAUGCGUCCUUGUGGGCGGGUAUUGGUGCUUACCGGGAGGCCAUAAC